AUGUUCCUCUUAAACAAUGUUCUUUAUUCCGCCACCCCCUGGUUCACCCAAACGACGACAUAUAUCCAGAGAAGUCUCAAAACUCGAAAAAGACCAGAAGCCCGCGUCGUGUAUUUAAGGACGGGAAAUCUCCCCCCUUCUUCUCUUCCUCGGAUCCUCAAGAAAAACGCGACAAUUCACCUACCUCCUUCUCCUCCUCCGCUUCUCCUCGACACCUUCGACAAGCAAACAGAGGUCGGCACGAGCUGGAGCCGCUGCGGGCACAUCACGCAGACCACCGGCCCGUGUUCCUUCUCCCGCACCUCCAGGACUCCCGGCCGCAACUGCCCGGAGUACUGGUUCCGGCAUCGGCACGCGCAGGGCUUCUGCCCGGCUUGUGCUGCGAGGAGGAGAUGGAUUUGGCUUUGUGGGUUGUUGUAG